UUCAUCUCUCACAAGCCUAGCAUCUGUAUUAGGGUUAUAUUGCUUUUUUCCUUCUACUUUCUCCACCAAAUACCUCAGAGGUUAAAGAGACAGCCGCGGUGUUGCUGUCCGCCUUGACAGAAGUCUAGCUUCGUGUCUUGGCCCUCAUUUUUGCUUUGGUCUUUACCUUCCUCUUAGUUUUAGAAACCAAACUAGUAAAAAAAUGGUGAACAAACUAUCAAAGGCUGAUAAGAAAAUCGCUUACGAUGCUAAGCUGUGCCAAUUGCUGGAUGAGUACAGCCAGAUCUUGAUUGCAGCAGCUGAUAAUGUGGGGUCUACCCAGCUGCAGAAUAUCAGGAGGGGUCUUAGAGGUGACUCUGUGGUGCUAAUGGGAAAGAAUACCAUGAUGAAGAGGUCUGUUAGGAUCCAUUCCGAAAAAACUGCAAACAAAGCUUUCCUCAACCUUAUCCCUCUCCUCCAGGGCAAUGUUGGAUUGAUUUUCACUAAAGGUGAUCUCAAGGAAGUGAGCGAGGAAGUUGCCAAGUACAAGGUUGGAGCACCUGCUCGUGUUGGUCUGGUUGCACCAAUUGAUGUUGUUGUCCCUCCUGGCAACACAGGGCUUGACCCAUCCCAGACCUCUUUCUUCCAGGUGCUUAAUAUCCCAACCAAGAUUAACAAGGGUACAGUCGAAAUUAUCACCCCAGUUGAGUUGAUCAAGAAGGGUGACAAGGUUGGCUCUUCUGAGGCGGCUCUGUUGGCAAAGCUUGGCAUUAGGCCAUUUUCUUAUGGUCUGGUUGUCUUGUCUGCUUAUGACAAUGGCUCUGUCUUCAGCCCUGAGGUGCUGGACCUGACAGAGGAUGACCUUAUUGACAAGUUUGCUGCAGGUGUUUCAAUGAUCGCCUCGUUGUCUUUGGCCACCUCUUACCCAACCCUUGCUGCCGCACCACACAUGUUCAUCAAUGCCUACAAGAAUGUUCUGGCUGUUGCAGUUGCAACAGAGUAUUCUUUUCCACAGGCAGAGAAAGUGAAAGAGUUCCUGGAGGAUCCUAGCAAGUUUGCUGUAGCUGCUGCCCCUGUUACUGCUGCUGCUUCUGGUGGUGCCCCUGCUGCCGCCAAGGAAGAGGAGAAGAAGGAAGAGCCGGCAGAAGAGUCUGAUGAUGACAUGGGUUUCAGUCUGUUUGACUAAGUUUUAUGUUGGUUUUUAUCUAUCCAGGAAUUUACCAUGUUUUGGUGAACAUCUUUUAGCUUCCUAUAUUGCUGUUUUUGUUAUACAUUUCUAGGCAAGUCAUGAGUUUAAUGUUGGUUUUUCCGUGAUUAGUAUUUUACUAUUUUGAA